UGGGUUUGUGAUACGCUUGGGUAAGCUCGCGUGGGUGUCCUCUUAGAUCACGAAGACAGCCCCCCAAGUUUGAGACUGGUUCAAGCUUGCCUCCCUGAGCUCCUUUCUUCCUUCCUGCGACCACACACACAUAAGAAUAUCCAGACAAGUGGGUCAAGGGACCUCGACUUGUCUUGGUGCGGGUUUGUUUGCCUCUCUUUGUGAAGAGUAAGCAGGGGAGUAAAUGUGGAAGCGUUGAUUCUCUCUCUCUCUCCUGUCUCUGCCGGCCAUCCGCCAUGACGACAAUUCCGCAGCACCUGAAUUUAUCAAAGGGCGAUGGCCAAAAUCCCACUCCCAUAGCCUUUUUUGGAGUCCGAGUCCACAAUCGGGGCGGCGAGGAGUCAGAUCCAGGGUGGAACCUAUGGGAGCCGAGAAAGAAGAAGCUCAAGGAGCUGGAUUUGAUAGAGAAUUCCCAGAUCUCUUCUAUUGAUUUUUUGCAGACCCAUCAAGUAGGCGCGGUAUCUGUGGGCCUGGGCCUUUCCCUUAAUGACAAGAGGUUGGCUUCCUCUGGUGAUUCCACUUCCUCCUCCUCUCUUCUUAUUGACAAAGAGUUCUGUCGUGAGUUGCAGAGGCAGGAAGCUGAUAUCAAUCAGUUCCUCAAGGUUCAGAUUUUAACUGAUGCUAGACAAGGAAAAGCGAGACAAAGCAAGUUGAUACCAAAUUGGGGAAGAUACAAACGCAAUAUUGUCGCACAGUGAAGGCAAUGAAUCUGUUUUCGGUAGUUUUGGUAUAAGGACUUACACAGACAAAGGACUUCUACUGCUGAUAGAAAAUUGAUAAUAAGUUCUAUUGCAGUGGGCUCUUCUAGACGCUCUUGAUUAAUUAAUAUUCUGUCCUUGUAUAGGCGAAUAAAUCUCUGUUCAGUAAAAUUAUAUUUUUUGGAAAUAAUUGGAUAGAUCAUCCUCCCAAUUAGCACACUAAUAAUUCAUUUAGGAAAUCCCUGGUUAUUUUAUUUGCAUAUAAAUGUGUUAGAUUUCCUAAACAAAAUUAAAUCAUCAAGGAUUUCUUGCUAAACUGAGCAGACUCUUAUUUUUGUCUUUAAAAUAACCAUCUUAGAUUACUAACUCUGUUUGAUGAUGUAAGGAAGAAAUCUAAUGAUGGAUAAUUCGCAUUUUUUUAAAUACCAACCAAUAGGGAGAACCAUCCUUAUUUUCGACAGAAUAUUUGCUUGGCAUUUGGGGUAUCAAUUGGAAAAUUUGACCAUUCUUCUACUUUUUGGAUAGUCCUCAUCAUUUUCGUUUCUCUGGUCUGAGCUUUUGGAAGAUCAAGAUUUUUUCUUGGAAGUUUUUCUAUCAUAAAUUGGUACAAGGAAAGAAAAAAUUGCGCCCGUGCAUGUCUUUGUAACUUUGGGCUACUAAUAUGCUUCUUUUUCCUUAAACUAGCUAAAUUGACAGUGUGUUCUUAGGAUAAAUUUUUCCUCAUGCAAACUGUGAAGAAAUUUUUCCAGUCCUCCCACUGCUGCCAAUAUGUCUUUUUCCGCCACCGGCCUAUAGUUUAAUUUAACUCUCUCUUCUAAAUUGGCCACUCAUGCUCCCUAAAUUGGCCACUUCAUCAGGGAUUUUUUCAGUCUGUUGAAAUAUUUGCGACUGCAUUAUUAUUUUCCUUUGGAAAUAUAUAUUCUAAGCAUGUCAACAACAUUUAUAGUGAAACUUUUCGACCUGUGAAAAUGUUUUUAAGUGUUAUAUGUGUUCUUUCUCACUAUCGAAAAAUAUUAAAAAGUAAAUAUUUAGCAAUAGAAUGUACAUAUGGCUGAAAAGUUGAAUCCUUGGCUUCUUGAAAUUGAAAAUGCGCAUUCUUUAAUCAAAUUGGCAUAACUAGCCAUUCAAUUAGUCUUGGGGUUGAUAAAGUUGUUUUAUGUAUGCUUUCUUAAAGAAUUUUGAACUGUUGAUGCCUCGAUUUGUAGUCAUAUUUUGAAAAUAUCCUUUUAUCAGUUACUCUUGAAUUAACUCGUUUUUGUUAGGGUCCAUUUGAUAUCAACAGUGACAUUAUUAAGUGGAAUAUAUUUUUAUCACAGUUGUAGCUUUUCCUCUUUUUUCUUUGCUGUGAUUUCU